CCGGUGCUAGUGACCGCUGGCCGAACAUGCUCGCCUCCUCGUCAAGACAUGCGCUGAAAACAACACAGCGCCAGGCCUCACGGAGCAUACUAGAGGUGUGCAAUGCGCAUGCCUCGUCGUCGGGCCCCGCAGGCGUACAGCAGCAGAGGAAUGCCGCUACUGCGCAGGCUAGCACGAACAAUGGCGGUCUGAGGCAUGGCCCCUACGCCUUCCAGCCCGACCCCCGCUUCCGGCGUGCAGAGGGUACACCACUUGCUCGCUUCAAUAUGCAAAUUGCACACGCGGUCGAACAGCAAAAUUGGGGCAAGGCUUUCAGACUUUGCUUGACCAUGAAACGUCGCGGCGUCGCGCCUGAUAUUACCACGUACGCGCAAAUCAUGACGGCGUGCGCAGAUGUCGGUUCCGCACGAGAGGCGCAGGCAACGUUUGACGAUAUGCUCGCCGUCGGUAUACAGCCCACCCUGCAAAUUUUUCACAAAAUGCUUCAUGCCAAUCGAUAUCAGCCGUCGUCGGCCCUCCUCAAGCUUGUCAAGACAAUGCAGGACCGCGGCAUCAAGCCAAAUGAAGCUACCUAUGAGAUCCUCAUACUGCGCUACCUCUCAGCGCAGCAGCUAGAGCUCGCCUUGCAAAGUCUAGCACAAAUGAAUGCUGCCGGUCUGUCGCCCACCCUAAGAACUGCACAAGCGGUCAUCAAGACUGCCGCUGCACUCAGUCUUCCUCGGCUUGCCCUCGACCUGGCGGAUUCAUUUGAAGAAUCGUCGAUACGACGGCUGGAAGCUGACGUCUGGGUAGACUGCCUUCUCACGUGUGCCGAGUCAUUAUGGGAGGAAGGUGUCUUGCGGACAUGGCAAAAGGUCGUACACGAGCUCAACAUAUUACCCGACGAGGGUCUCUGCGUUCAGGUCCUGCACACUGCCGGCCGCCACGGUCUCUCCGCGCUCGCUCUUGAUGCGUUCCGCGUCCUCGGCCGGAUCGGCGUCAUCUGGCAAGAACACCACUUCGCCCCAGUGAUCGAGGCGCUCUGCAAAGAGAAGCGGAUCAAGGAUGCCCUCGCCAUGCUCGAAAUGAUGCGCAGCCACCAUAUCAUCCCGCUACCAGAGACCACGCUCCCCAUAUCGAACGCAGUCUCGACCAACACGGACGCGGUUGACACCGCGUGGGGCUGCCUGGAGGCGCUGCAUGAGGAGGGCCGCAAGAUAGACAUCAGCGCACUGAACGUGAUCGUACGCGCGUCGGUCAUGCUCGGCGACUUGCAGCGCGCGGUGGGCACGUACAAAGCCGCGGGUUCGCUCAGCUUAUCGCCGGACGUGGACACGUACAACCUCCUCUUCGCAGGCUGCAUCGCCGCGCGGCACCGUCAGCUUGGCGACAAGCUACUCUCAGAGAUGAAGGAGGCGCGUGUGCGCGCGGAUGUGCGCACGUACGAACGGCUCGUCGCGCUCUGCCUCACGCAGGCGAACUACGAGGACGCUUUCUUCUACCUCGAGGAGAUGAAGGCAGAGGGUCAUCUCCCCCCGCGCUCCGUGUACGUCGCGCUGAUCCGCAAGUGCGUCAAGCUCGGCGACACACGGUACAAGCUCGCGUUAGAGGAGAUGCUCGAGUGCGGGUAUGAAGUGUCGGAGGCCCUCCAGCGGUUCAUCGACUCGGGCGGAGAGCAGGAUGAGCCCGAGGGCGCCAAAUACCGCAAAGCGGUCCCACGCACGAAGGUUAUAACGACGCUGCGUGGGGAGUUCAUGAAGGGUGUGACGGGUACCCCGCCGGCAGCCCCGAAGUCGUCUGAGGAUUAAGUUAGCUAGAGUCGAGUUGAACACGGUAAUGCUAGAGUUCUUUGCUCAUCUAUAUCAUACCGGGUAUAAUGGAAUUUCCAGGUCGACUGAUAUCUGACGCGCAAUGCUGCAGUGAUCCUCCAGAUCGAGCAGCGGCACGAUCCCUGACUGAGCGUCAGAUCAUUACCUGCGGUGAUCAUCCGCAACAUAGGACUUCUGGCCAGCCAAAGCUAGCGUGUACAGUUGGCAAAUGAGGGUGGGUGGUGUUCCAUGCUACCGGUACUCAACGUUUUGCAUGAACCAAUUGAUGUCCAAAUUGAUGAAACGACAUGAAGCGAAUUCGAAGGCCG